AUGGAGACUCCAGCAAUCCCAAUGCCGCGGGACCCCCGGGAGCAAGUCAUCCUCGAGAAGCUACAGCUGGUCCGAGAUCGCCUACUGCUUCUGAAACAGGAUCGCACAAACUACAUUCGAACUCAAGAUGUCAUGCCAUUGUUUGAUGAGACCAUGGAUCAGGUCAAGGAGCUGGCGAUUGUGCGCGCCGAAACAGGCGAUAAGGAGGAGAACAGAUUGGACAAGGUCUUGGAGAGCUGCUUCCAGCUGCUGUCCCUAUUCUACCUGACGAUCGGACGAAACAAUGAGGCACCAGCAACAUACGCUAUGACCUCAACUGUCAAGCGACUACUCGACCACCUCACUGAAGCCGAGCUCUACUCAGCCAAGGAUCUUGGAAGCAUCCAGUCUACACUUGAAGAUCUGUCUAAAAGCAUCAAAGAUGCCGCUACUGACCCAUCGCCCGACAAGCGACACCCUCCAUACAUGCUUGCACUACUUGAGAACCGCGUUGCGCUCUGCAACUCAACCUUGUCGCGACUUCAGAAAAGAUUGGAGCGGUUGCCAGAUUACUUGUUGGAGGCUCAUGAGAAGCUCAUUUCGAUCCUGCGAUCUAUCUCGUUGGCCAACACCAAGUCCAAGUUCUCCACAUCCGAGGUCAAGAAGUUACGGAACCAAAUCUUGGAAAUUGGCGAAAAGCACAACAACGGCACCUUUACCGCAGAGGAUGGAACUUUGGAGGAGGGAGGUGAAGUGCUUAAAGACUUGUAUCAUCGCUGCGUCCGCUGGUCGGACAUGGUUCUUGAGAGACAAGGAGAAGUAGCUGAGCAAUGGCGACCAAUCUACGAUCAGCUCAUCCAAAUUCGCAACGACCUCGAGAAACUUUCUCUUACACAAGCAUGGUCGCUUCGAGAGACGGAUUUGUACGAUUUCCAACGGCAACUUGACAGAAUUGAUGAGAGCCGACAGAACGGAAACUGGGUGGACGAUCGGGGGCGACCAGCUGAUCUCUGGACACAGCGAACUUUGCUCUAUCUGAUCCGAAGGUCGUAUGCGUACAUCUACUCAUUUAUGCUGGCAUCCGAACCAGUGUCAGAGGCUCUGUUGCCUGUUUACAACCAACUUCAGACACUGAAGCGUUGCCUCGUUGAGGUCAAGAAGAAUGGGGGUGUAUCCUCUGUGCGGGAGCUUUACCCCUAUAGCAUGAAGCUUAACUCGUUAGAUAACAUGAAAGUUGACGGCAAGUUCGUGGUAAAUGGCGACAUCCCCGAAGGACAAGGCAGUGUUACCGGACUGUUGGCCGAAUGCUUUGAUCUGAACUACGAACUGAGAGUUGCAGCCGAAGAAGCAGCUGAGAAUGGUUCAAAUGGCAACGAAGCUUAG